GCCGUGGACCUAAGACUAAUUUUUUAAUAAAACUAAAGUAUAGGGGGGCGAAGUGUUAACUUCCCGAUUUUACUCAGGCGCACAUCGGCAUCCGUCGGAGGAAAAGAAGCAGCGGGAAGAGAUGUUGGGGUUUUCGUACGGAGAGGUGUUCCUACUCCUUGGAGCCACUGCUGCAGUCAUCGGUCCCAAGGAUCUCCCAAUAAUAGCGAGAACCGUCGGGAGAUUAGCAGGUCGUGCCAUCGGAUACGUCCAACUGGCUCGUGGCCAAUUCGAUAAUAUCAUGCAGCAAAAUCAAGCUCGUCAGGUGCAUAAAGAACUUCAAGAUACAAUGUCUCAACUAGAGGCCAUACGUCAUGAAAUUCGAACCAUCUCUUUUAUGAAUCCUGGUCCAUUGACUCGGAGGCUUGUGGACAAUAUUGACCAAACAUCUGUUUCUAGUGAUAAUGCUGAACUACCAAAACCUGAUGCAACCCAACAACCUGACAUUGAGAACAGACCAACUAUUUCAGAUGCCAAGAAUUUUAUGUCAGCAACCUCAGGAUUUUCUGAUAUGCACAGUCAAGCAACAGCUUAUGCUAAAUUGGCUGAAUCGGCGGCUCUUAACUCGGGGUUGAAGAAAAGUAGUGAAGCUAUUGACGAGCUAACUGAUGAAUCUGGUCUUAUGGUUCUGCCGGUAUCCGCUGAAAGCACUGGAUUGCUGCCAGAUUGCAAGGGUAAUAAUCUUCUCUUCGAUAAUGCAGAAGGAUCAGACAUAGUGUUGGAAGCAAUAUUGGAAGCAGAGGUGGCACGUAAUGCCAAAGAGUUUUUUGUGCAGCAUCAAAAUCAAUUAAAGAAUGAAUAGAAAGAAGGAAUGGAAUCGAGCAAAAAGCUUGCAGCAUUCAAGAUCUGCACAUUCCACUGAAGUGUAAUGGAAAUGACAGAGGCCCAUAACUGAAGGAUCCAAACAGUAACCAUCGGAUUGGAACGGCUCUGAUUAUUAAGCAUAACUCUGACUAGAUCCAUUAGCUGAACAUCUGUAGCUAACUUGUGUAGAUUACCGAAGAGCUGCGGAUGACAAUUGAGAUCAGAAGAUAGUUUUCCUGCUAGGGCAGUUGUGUAGAAUUCUAAAGUAACUUUUCAACUAGGAAUUGCUCAUAUGAUUUUUGUACUGAUUCUUAUUGUUCUUCAAUAGCCCCUUCUGGUUGUGCCA